UGUCUUUUAAAGACAAAGAUGGGUAUAUCAAGACUCCAACAAGCCAUUUCAAAACAUCAUAAACAAAGAGGCCACCGUAACUUGCCUGUUUAAUAUUGUAAAUCACAUACUUCCCACUCACUGGUCCCCUUACCCUGCUUGACUUUUUCCUUGCUUCAUAUAACUUAUUACCUUCAAACAUAUACAAUUUACUUAUUUGUGUUUAUUAUGUGUUUCUCCUCAUCUUGAAAAUCCACCCCAGUCUCUACUAUUGUAUCCAAGUGCCUAGAACACUGCCUAACUUCUAGCAGACAGUCAAUAUCUGUUAGUUGGGAGACUAAAUGAAUAGUCAAGUUGAGGACAUUAUCCUAAUGUAAACUGACUCCUGGGCUUAAAUGUAACUGCAAGGACUAGAAAGACAAAUAGGGUACAGAAUAUCACCAAAUCCACCCACCCCCUACACAUCAUCGUACUUCCAAGGUCAACCCAUGUAUGCUUAAUAAAAUGAGAAAAACGGGCACAACAACCAAAACAUUCAGAAUAAAACCCAGAGGAAAAUUAUUAGAAGGUAUAUAUACUGGAGAAUGGGAGGAAGGGAGAAAGAGAAAGAGGAAGCAGGAAGAAAGGCAGAAAAGAAAUGAAAUAAAAUCUGUCACCAACUUACUCUUUAAAACACAAAUAUAAAGUAUGAUUGCAAUUUCAGGCUCGCAGUUUGGUGAUCAAGCACUAAUGUAUAGGUGGUUCUGGUUUGCUAUCCUGGGGUUUGACCCCUUAAAUUACUGUAGUAUCCCUUAAUAUUUGUAUCAGGCUUUCCACUAAAUGAUUUUCCCCUCUGCUCUUGCUGGUGUCUUUCUCAUUUAAUGUAUCUUCCUCUAUGCAACAGCCUUUCAGUGGCUUCCCUCAACUGAAAUAUCAGCGAAAACUUCCUCAUGGAACUGAAAAUAAAUUCUGUCUGAGGUCUUUGCUUUGAUUCUACUCACUUACUUGGAAAAACAGGCACCAGUCCCACAUCCUGCUUUCCACCCAAUUAACACUCUGAUGUUCUUCUCUAAGAAUAAUAUCUCUAUAAUUAUAAUCCUGUUUUUAAAACACAUUAACAUAGGAACAAUUAAAGGCAAAAAAUGGGGGAACAUUUUUCCAAUACACCGAGAAGCAGCCUCCUUUCUAAUGCGUUGUUUAGACUGAAAAAAGUUAAAUAGGGUGGUCGGUGCUUCCGGAGCCUCCUCGGGAUGUCGGUGGCCUUCGUACCCGACUGGCUGAGGGGCAAGGCGGAAGUCAAUCAAGAGACGAUCCAGCGGCUCCUUGAGGAGAAUGACCAGCUGAUCCACUGUAUUGUGGAGUAUCAGAACAAAGGCCGGGCGAACGAGUGCGUCCAGUACCAGCAUGUGUUACAUAGAAAUCUCAUUUAUUUGGCUACCAUCGCAGAUGCCAGCCCAACCAGUACUUCAAAAGCAAUGGAAUAAUCUUUCAAAAGCAAUGGAAUAAUCUUCCAGUUGGCUGUCGUGAGGAGUAAUUAAGUGUAAUCCAUCUCUUACAAAACAGAGACAGGAUCUUUACCAACUUAACUGGUUAAAACAUGAAUGAAACCUCUGUGGCUCUUUCAAAAAAUGUGAAAAUGUGAAGAAAGCUACUAACUUAACUGUAUUCUCAAUGUAAAUUUUUUUUUCUUUUCAUGGUGAGCUUACCGUUCAAUUUUUGUUUUUUAAAUAAUUAAGCGAAUCCCUCAAUGAGUUGAGCCCAGGUGACCUGUUUCCUGAACUUGAAGCAAGUUUGGAUAACAAAGAUGCUUACUUUUUAGUUUCAACCUGAAGAGAAAACUGAGUAGGUAUUGGGCAGGAAUUGGUGAGACUCCUGACUUGAGACCUUGCUAAAUGGACAUGUAACUGUGUGCUCCUUCCUACCAGUCUGUAAAUGUGGUCCCCCCACUGCUGCUUUCAGAUUGUUUGAAAUAAAGCUUACUUUUCUAUAAAAUAC